AUGAGGGUUCCAAGGGUUUCCAAUGUAGAACGGAUUGAAUUUGAUCUUCAGAUUGUCACGUAUCUUAUCAUCGCGGUUGGUGGUGAGACGACAGUGAGUCCUCUACUGUCCCGUCAGAAAGAGCUUAAUGAUAGCAACCCCAUUGCCAUCAUCAAUUCUGAAUUACGAUCGGAUUCUAUUUGCUCAUCCGUUGAAAGCACUUCUGGUGAUGGUAGCACCCCUCGAUAUGAUUCUCGUACUGCAUCGCCGCAUCGGACGGCACCACCACCUCCACGGCCUCCUCCGCCAAGUCCGUGCAUUGGCUCACCAUCCUUACGCCCUCCUCCACCAACGGUGCUUCCUCCCCCACCACCUUCAUGCCCGCCACCGCCAAAGCCACGACCAAAUCGGCCGCCUCCACCAGCACCGGGAUGGAAGCUUUCCUCGGAGCAGCUGCUUCCACCAUUAUGUAUGCCUUCUCCGCCUCAGCCGGAUGCAGGAAGUCAGUACAGUUCUUCACCUGUCUCGACUCCAUCUCCACCUGUGCCUCCCCGGCCGGUAAUUUUUAAGUCUUCCUGA